AUGAGAACUGAUUGGGCGAGGAAGUUAGAUGAUGCACUCUGGGCCUACAGGACAGCUUUUAAGACACCAAUUGGUAUGUCACCAUACAAGUUAGUGUUUGGGAAGGCCUGUCACCUACCUGUAGAACUUGAGCAUAGAGCGUGGUGGGCACUGAAACAACUAAAUUUAGACAUGGAAGCUGCGGGCACGUCAAGAGUCACAGAACUGCAUGAGCUUGAGAAGUUCCGGUAUCUUGCUUUUGAGAGCACAAGGCUGUACAAAGAGAGAAUGAAGAGGCUACACGAUCAGAACAUCGUUGAGUGGAACUUCAAACCUGGGAAUAUGGUAUUGCUAUACAACUCAAGACUGAGGUUGUUCCCGGAUAAGCUGAAGUCACGAUGGUCUGGACCAUUUUGA